AUUAACUUUACAUCUCAUCAGAAAAAGAAAAAAAGAAAAGAAAAAAAAGACUUACAUCUCAUCUUGUUCUUUUCUCUGUGAUCUCUCCUACACAUCACACAUGGAAGCCCAUCAUCUUCCUCUCUCUUCCCUCAUUACCCUCUCCUUCUUAGCAAUAUUGCCACCAUCUUACUGCACCGACGAUGCACGCUUUGUUGAGUGCAGUCGUCCGUAUGAGUGUGGAAGAAUCAAAAACGUUUCUUACCCUUUCUGGGGAGGUGAUCGACCUGAAUAUUGUGGUCGCCAAGGGUUCAAGCUCGAGUGCAACUACUAUGAAUACACGAUUAUCAAAUUUGAAGAACUAGAGUUCCUUGUACUAAACAUCAACGAAUCUCAAAAUAACAUGACAAUUGCAAGAUGGGACCUCUGGCAUGGUUUUUGCCCUCAAACCUACCUCGAUACUGUUUUUAAUUAUAGUAUCUUUGAUUACGCUUCAACCGUUCAAAACAUAACUUUGUUCUACCACUGCCCUCCUCAAGUCAAUACACUUAUAUCGGUCCAAAAUAGAUUUACGUGCCCCUGGAAAGGUGGUAAUAAUAACGCUUACUUUGUAAACGAAUCGUCAGCAAAGAUCCAAAUUCCGGGCCUUGAGCAAUGCAGAGAAAAAAUCCGUGUUCCAAUUUUACGGAAUGCUAUUGAUGAGUCUGCGGGUGUAAUCCCGGCACUUCAGGAAGCACUGAAUCGAGGAUUCGAUGUGGACUACAAUCCCUUGCACGAUACUGCCUGUAGUGGGUGUGAGCAUUCAGGUGGGCAUUGCGGUUCUAACGUAACACAUCAAUUUGUCUGCUUUUGCCCUGACGGAGAGCGCUCUUAUAGCUGCCCAGGCCCCGCUAGCAGGACCAAAAAAUUGAAGCUGAUUAUAGGUGUUGCCGCUUCAGGAGUUGGAGUAUUACUAACCUGCAUCAUUAUUUUCUGGUUUAGAAGUAAAAGAUCAAUUAUUAAGUCAACAAAAUUUUGGACGAAGAAAACAAAGAAUGAGCAAGAUCUUGAGGCCUUCAUUAGAAAGUAUGGACCACUAGCUCUAAAUAGAUAUAAAUUCUUAGAAUUAAAAAAAAUGACCAACUCUUUUAGAGAUAAACUAGGUCAAGGAGGUUUUGGUGGCGUGUACAAAGGAAAGUUACUCGAUGGUCGUCCUGUUGCUGUGAAGGUCCUUAAUGAAUCAAAAGGAAAUGGAGAAGAAUUUAUUAAUGAGGUUGCAAGCAUUAGUAGAACUUCACAUGUUAAUAUUGUUACACUCGUAGGAUUUUGUCUAGAAGGUCAGAAAAGAGCUCUCAUCUAUGAGUUCAUGCCCAAUGGAUCACUUGAAAAGUUCAUACAAGAUGGCAACCUUGAGAAAACCAGUUCACAUUUAGGAUGGGAAAAAUUGUUCCAAAUUGCAAUUGGAAUUGCUCGGGGGCUUGAGUACUUGCACCGUGGGUGCAACACAAGAAUCUUGCAUUUUGAUAUAAAACCACAUAAUAUCCUUCUGGAUGAAGAUUUUUGCCCAAAAAUCUCUGAUUUUGGACUCGCUAAACUAUGUAUAAGGAAUGAGAGUAACAUAUCAAUGACUGGUACUAGAGGAACAAUUGGGUACAUAGCUCCAGAAGUGUUUAGUAGGAACUUUGGUGGAGUUUCACACAAAUCUGAUGUUUAUAGCUAUGGAAUGAUGAUUUUGGAGAUGGCUGGAGGAAGAAAUAACACUGAUGUUGGAGUAAGCCAGACUAGUGAAAUAUAUUUUCCACAUUGGAUUUAUAAGCGUCUCGAGUUGGACAACGAUAUAGGAUUUCUAAGUAAUAUGACAACAACAGAAAAUGAAAUGGUGAGGAAGAUGAUCUUAGUGGGCUUGUGGUGCAUACAGACAAAUCCAUUUGAUAGGCCAUCCAUGAAUAAAGUGAUUGAAAUGAUAGAAGGAAACAUAGAAGCCUUGAAGAUCCCUCCAAAGCCUUUCUUAUGCUCUCCUCCAAGAUCACUUGUAGAAGAAUCCUCCACCACAUCAAUGCUAUGAAAUUAUAUUUAUAGAUAAAUUUCUUCUUGUGUAAAUAUUGUUGUGUUGUUCUUGCUCCUUAGGUCUAAGUGUGACUAUGAACCUUUCUUAUAUAAAAGAGAGAGACUAUCUACUUCAUUGUCCCUUAAUCUUUAACCUUGCUUUAACCAAAGAAAAUCUCAAUUGUAUGACAAUAAUAAGGGUGAUUUCUUUUGGACAAAUUUUGGGUCU